AUGGAGGUUUGUGCUUCAGGUUGCAACGUGUACAUAUCGGAAGGAUUGAGAUCUACUUUGGUGCAGCAGCUGAAGGUAUGUGCUGACAAAUGUAUCUCAGGGAGUGCACUCGUGCACACAUUCGUCGACAAGCCCUAUAAUCGCACAGGCUUCACUCUAGUGUCACCAGCUCCACAUGAGCUUGCAGGCAGUGUCGUGCGGCUGGCCAGGGCUGCCUUGGAAACAAUCGAUCUGCGCUCGCAUGCAGCCAGUCAUCCUCGCCUGGGAGUAGUGGACCACAUUUCUUGCCACCCCCUGGGCAGGGAUGCAGCGCUGACUGCUGCAGCAGAGACAGCCAGAUCCAUAGGGACACAGCUUGGAGAGGGCGAGCUUGCGGUGCCUGUGUUCCUGUAUGGGUCAGCAGGGAGUCAGCAGCGCUCACUGGCAGACCUCCGGAGAGCAUGCGGCUACUUCAAAGGGUCAAAGCAGGGGGCAUUUAAGGGGGCAUCUGAGAUCAGCAUGCCAGCCGGCAUGCGGCCAGACUUUGGGCCAAGCGAACUCGAUCCCAGGAGAGGCCUUGCCACAGUAGGGGCGCUUCCCUGGGUGGUCAACUUCAAUAUUCUUCUACAGACAGAUGACCUGCAGCUCGCGCGCCAGAUAGCCAGGGCCGUCAGCGGCCGCGGUGGCGGCCUACCCAGCGUGGAGGCCAUGGCUCUGCCGCAUGAAGAGGGUGAAAUCCUGGGGAUUGAGAUUGCUUGCAACCUGCUCGAUGUGGCGGUUUCGCCAACAGAAGCUGUGGCAGCGAGCGUGCAGGAGCAUGCAGACAGGCAUGGCAUCACUGUUGGCAGAGGGUAUAUGACAGGAAAGACCCCGGAAGAACUUUGCAGUCUUGCAGAGCAAGCUUUAGCAGAUCGAACAUCAAAUUGA